GCAGGAUCCCGAGAGGAGUCCAGAGGAGUCGAAGGACGGUAAACUGGGCAAGGGCUUAGCCGUCAGCCGUCAACCGUGUCAUCGGUGAUCGGUGAUCGUUCAACGACAAGGGAUCGAGAGGCGGAGCGGUGCCCGAUAUCCUGCGAACUGGGGCGCACCGCCUGGCGGUCGCGCGGGACCGUGACAGCGAGUGGCCGCGAACUAGUGUCAAUCGGAUCGACGUUCGACCGUCCCCCUCGAGUCGAUGCGGAUUCAGUAAGUAAGGGCGCCCGCGAGUGCGAGCCACCCGCCGAGCCCAACGAACGGGUCCGAAAUCGCGCCUGCUCGACGACGCCGUCGAGGACGACGAGCCAGGGGCUCGAGGACUCGCCCGACGAGAGGACCUCGGGACAUAUUUACGGGACUAACCCGUAAGGUACUCCGAGGGAAGGAGUCUGGACUCCAGGAGGCAUGUUCCGCUCUUCGCCGGCCACGGGUGGACAUCUCGAGGAGUCAUCCGCGAUAAGACAAGAGAUAAUGAAGUCCUUUGGUCCUCGAUAACUUCAUUUGAAUUAAAAUAAAAAUUGUAACUUUAAUUCUUGCAAUAACACAGGAAAAUACUCAGAACCUGUGAUAAAGUCGGCCAGAUGUCAAAACAUAGAGACCCUGUUCCAGUGAGAAAAUUACCCGUUAACGGUACCAUGCCAAUGGACAACUAUCAAAUGUCUUGUACAAAUCUCGCGACCAUAAUUUAAAUGUUGGUGACUCGGUGCCAUUGGGCCACUUAAAUUCAAACUAUAAAUCAUCAAAGUUUUCUUAUACUGUAUUUAAUCGAUGGUUUAAAUUCAAUAUUCCAAUAGCAGUAAAAAAAAGCAACAGUAACAACUGAGCACUUUUGACUGAAGUAGUCGCAAACUACGAAAUAGGCAUUUAAAUAAUCUUAUUUUGAAUUACAAAAACCUAUUAUUGUGUUCAUCACAAUAGAUGACGUUCUGUCCUAUGUAUCGAGGUUUUAAUUAAUUUAAAAAGGAGUAUCGAUAACUGUUUGAAGGUUCAAUCUAUUAUUUCUCGAUUGAAAAUACAGAAAGGACAGUAUGAAGAUGUGUACAUUGUUCGAUUAAAUUUCUAAGUUUGAAUUUAAUUGGAUAGAUGAUAAUGCAAUGACAGUCAUGUGUAACUGUUAGAUAUUAGAAGACUUAAAGUAUAACCAACUGAACGAAAUAAUACGGAACAAAGAAACCUUCCAAAUGACUAGGUGAUCUGCAGAUAUUCGAAUUAAAUCGAAAUCAAGAAAGGAUCUAAAGUACUGACAGUUUUUAAACAAAAUAUGUAAUAAAUAUUUUAAAUAUUCUCAUCUCUGGAUACGUGAUACAUCGAACCGAAGAGAAGAAGUAGAAGGAGCUCUUUUUGUAUAUCGUAUGGAUGACAGAGGAUAGAUUUGUUAAUGCUGGGUCAGGAGACAUGGAUAUCAGUGGUUCAGGAGUGGUGCAAGUAUUCGUGGGUGAGUGGAGCCCCGAAUACGAAGCACUUUCGAUCAAAGCCACCAAACAAACGUCUUCUGCCGAAAUAGUGGAAUGCAUCGUCGAGAGGCUAGGGUUGACCGAUGCUGCUAUUUCUAAUAGCUACGAACUAGCUGAGGUCGUUGGCAACUCUGUUGGGCAAGAAUGCAAGGAAAGACGAUUAGGUCCUUCCGAAUGUCCCGUGGCACUCAUGCUACUCUGGCCGAAAAGUGCUUCGCAACAAGAAUACUAUAGGUUUUACCUCCGAAAGAAACAGACAGAUUACCUGUGGUCCGACAGUAGGUUCCCGAUGGAUCCUCAGCUCCUCAAGGAUUACUUUAAUAGAUUUCUCUACCAACCCCGAGACAAGGAGUAUCCGGACCUCUGCCAGCUUCCAGAUCUCAACGAACAGACCCUCUUGGACAAUCUCCGAGACAGAUUCCUAGCUGGCAAUAUCUACACAUACGUCGGCAGCAUUUUAAUAGCUUUAAACCCCUUCAAAUUCUAUCCCAUCUACAACCCGAAGUAUGUGAAGCUUUAUCAGAACAGAAGAUUAGGGUCGGACAUUCCUCCGCAUAUAUUCGCGAUAGCAGACGCGGCCUACCACUGUAUGCUCAAGGAAAAGAAGAAUCAGUGCAUCGUCAUCAGCGGCGAGAGCGGUUCCGGUAAAACGGAAUCGACUAAUUUUCUGUUGCACCACUUAACGGCCCUCAGCCAGAAGGGCUCUCACGGGAGCGGAGUUGAGCAAACCAUUCUCAGUGCUGGACCCGUCCUGGAAGCGUUUGGGAAUGCAAAAACGGCACACAAUAAUAACAGCAGUCGUUUCGGGAAGUUCAUUCAGGUCAACUACAAGGAGAAUGGCAUGGUCCAUGGGGCGGUGGUUCAGAAGUACCUCUUGGAAAAGUCGCGAAUCGUGUCGCAGGGAAGGAACGAACGGAAUUACCACGUCUUCUACUAUCUUCUGGCAGGGGCGAACGAGCAGGAGAGGCAGGUUCUCCAUUUGGAAAGCUGCGAUCGAUAUAAUUACUUGAACAAAAGUGGUUGUUACGGCCUGGAGAACAUUGACGAACGACACGAGUUCUCCAGGCUGAAGCAGUCCAUGGAGAUGGUUGGCUUUACACCGGAGAAGCAACGACGUCUAUUCGCUGUCCUAUCAGCUGUUCUGCUUCUUGGUAACGUGGAGUUCCAACCGAGGAAGUUCUACCAUCAUCACGACGAGGCCGUUGGAGUCAAGAAUCCCGAAGUCGUGGCUAUCAUAUCCGAGCUUCUCAGGGUGAAACAGGAGACCCUACUUGCAGCCCUGACUGCCAAAAGGGCGAGGGCAUCGGGAGAGACCUUGGUCAUCAAUUACAGACUUCCGGAAGCAAUAGCCGCGAGAGACGCGAUGGCGAAGUGCCUCUACGGGGCCCUCUUCGACUGGAUCGUUCUUCAAGUGAAUCACGCUCUUCUAUCGAAAAAGGAUACCCUACGAGAUCACCAAGGCAAUAGCAUAGGCGUGUUGGAUAUCUUUGGUUUCGAGGACUUUAAGACCUGCAACAGCUUCGAACAACUUUGCAUCAAUUAUGCCAAUGAACAGUUGCAGCAUUACUUCAAUCAACACGUCUUUCAGUACGAACAACGAGAGUAUAGGAAACAGGAAAUCAGGUGGACGGACAUCGGGUACAGCGAUAACUCUGGAUGUCUUAAUCUUAUCGAAGGCAAGCCUAAUGGGCUCCUUUGUCUUCUGGACGAUCAGUGCAAUUUCCCCGGUGCGACGAACGAGACUCUGCUACAAAAGUUCAACUCGGUGCACAAGGAGAAUCUUUUUUACGAGGCUCCUCAACGGCGGGAAGGUGCCUUCGUGGUGCGACAUUAUGCAGGGGCGGUGAAGUAUCAGGCUGCCAACAUGCGAGAAAAAAAUCUGGACCUUAUGCGACCCGAUGGAGUGGUCGGUGUGCUGAAGAACUCGUCUCUGGCUUUCGUGCGCGAAUUGGUCGGAGCUGAUCCUGUUGCUGUGUUUCGCUGGGCCAUUCUUCGGGCUUUCUUUCGUGCUCAUUUCGCCUUCCAAGAAGCUGGUCGUGCACAUAGACACGUCAGAGCUGAUGGCAGCAAGGCAUCCGUACAAAAUAGGUACCGGACUCCGAACGAGAAUCUAAUAAGUUCGCACAAACACACUCGUCCGCCGAGCUAUCAGAAGCAGCGAAGUAUCUGCCUGUCGGGCGGUGUCCAGGCCGGAACUCCCGCCGGCACCCAAGUCGAAAACAACGACAGCCUAAACAACAACAACCGCCUCUCGUGGCCGCAGUUUCGAAACAUUAAUCAGGCACUACAUGGACCGGGCGCCCCGGCGACCAAGGGUUGCGUUUUAAAGGGCAGGGAGGAGCAGCCUAAUAGUAAUAAUAAAUUCAGGCGGGAGUCGCACACGCCGCUAGAGAGGGUGCUCGCAAAAGACGAGGCUAACGUCAUGGAACGCGCUAAUCAGAUCGUCAUGAAGAACAAGUCCUUCCGACCGAGGGAAAGAGGCAAGAAGGGUCUGAAAAAUCUUCAAACGGUGAAGACUCUGGCCGGCAGGACGCAGAGUUACGGGACGGGUCCUGGGAAAGCCAGAAAACAACCGAUGACGGUGUCGGCUCAGUUCCAACACAGCUUGCACAGCUUAAUGGACACCCUGAACCAAGCAAACCCGUUCUUCAUCCGCUGCAUUAAAAGCAACAGCAACAAGGUGCCCAACGAGUUCGACGAGGAGACGGUCCAGCGCCAGCUGAGAUACACUGGGAUGCUGGAGACGGUCCGCAUAAGACAAGCAGGCUUCAACGUGCGGCUAACUUACGAGGAAUUCAUCCAGCUGUACCGAAUGCUCUUGCCGAAAGGACUCCUCAGCUCGCAGACGGAUGUUAGGGACUUCCUAUUGACGUUGAACCUCAACAGGGACAACUAUCAGCUGGGCACGACGAAGGUCUUCCUCAGGGAAUCCGAGAAGAUCAAGCUCGACAUCGAGCUGCACCAGCAGAUCAUCACCAGCAUCACGACCAUUCAGAAAUGGUUCAGAGCCUGCUUGGAGAGAAGGAAGUUCCUCAGGAUAAAAAAUGCCGCCGUGCUGAUCCAGGCCUUCUGGAGGAUGGUGGCGGCUCAGAGGUUGGCGCACUCCCUGAGGGCCAGGACGGAGGCCGCGAUCCAUAUCCAGGCUGCCUGGAAGACGUAUCGACAACAGGGAUGGUUUAAAAAAUUGAAGGCCUGUAUAGUUACCUUCCAAGCGUACGUUCGCGGCAAUAAUGCCAGGAAAACGUUCGCCGAGAUUAAGAGGAGGAAGAGGAGCGAAGCCAGGGCGGAGAGGCUCAAGACAGAAGAGGAGUCCUUCGGAGAGGAGAAAGAUCACUGCAGGGUCAGGGAUGGAGAGGAAAUAUACGUCGACGUGGGGUCGGUGGAAGUCGGCCCAAGGUCCGCCUCUGCUUCACCUAGGAAGCCGGAUUCCCAGGACCGCUUUACUCCCUCCAGACUCGAAGACAUCGCCCGGGAGACGACAAUCGACUCCGGCAUCUCCUAUUCGAAGCGGAAGAUCACCCAGAACAAGCGAGCCCUGAACGAUCCCAAUUCGGGACUGAAACCUGUGGAGGUGUUCUACCCUGAAGAGGUUCCGGAGAGGAAGGGAAGCCUAGAGAGCCUGGCUAGUCUGCGCAGUUACGAGUCGCAGGUCAGCGUCGACAGCUCGGAGUCACAUCACUCCCAGGAGAACGUGAUCGGCACGAACUCGAAGCCGGUGCCGAGCACCAGGUCGAAGCGAGUCGAUCAGGCGCCCACCUCAGCGGUCAACGCUAGUAUAUCCAGUGUUAACAGGAUGUCGUCGAUCAGCAGAAGGACCGACAGCUCGUCGACCGGGUACAGCGACGGCGAAAACGACUCCGAGACUCCGAACGCGGUGCAGAGUGCGCCACCGGUGUUUAAUACUACUCCAUCGCUUCCUAGCCCGAGGGACCUGAAGUACCACCACGCGAGUCUUAACCUGACCCACAGCCCGAAUGCUGAGAUCUGGAGGAAGCGGCAGGACUUCUCGGGCAACUACAGCGACUACACGCCGCAGAAGUCCAGUAUCACCAGGUCACCCAACGUCAGCCAGAACCGGACUCUGACGGAGAGUCUGCUGGAGCAGGCGAGGCUGGAGAGGCUGAACGAGGCGUCCAAUUACAACGUCAAGCUGGAGACCAGUGAUCGGUACACGAGGCGGGAAAAUUCAGGGUCGAAGGAGCAGCGAAGACUCAGCGACAACACCGUGGUACCGCUGAAUAGAUCUGAUGUCCCGGGAUCUCCUUCCAGGCGGGAGCUCGACUACAGGAAGGAGGCCCUGCAGAAGGACUACAACUUUCUGCGCAGGCAGAAUUCCGAGGGAGAUGCCUCCGCCAAGGUCGAUCUGGCGAACGACGAGAACGUCAGGUCGAGUCUGAAGGGGAGUGGCUACUCGAAGGACCGGGACUUCAAGGAUUUCAAGGCCAAGGACAGGACGGAGCCCGAUGUUCCCGUCAGAAGCGCCAGGAGGAACAGACCGACCAGAGAGGUCCAGUGCAGGUCGAUGGGGGAGAGCGUGACCGAGGCGAGCUCCACCACGGAGGCGAGGAACCUGUUCCUUGGCACCAUCAAGGAGACCGAUCUGAACAGGUCCUCGAACUCCUGGACGGCGAAAGGCAGCCCUUGCGAGCCCACUUCCAGGUCCGUCACGGACUGGCCAGUUAACAAAACCGAAGCCACGUACAAGGGCCAGCAAGUCGGCAAGAGGGUCAGGUACAACGCGAUAACCACCCUGGAGCUGAGGAGGAGGAACUCCGACCCUGCGACCAAGGUCUCCGGCUUGAGCGAGGACAAGUCCAUCGUCGACACCAGCCCGAACGAUUUGAAGCUGGCCCCUGGGAUGGAUCACUUCACUCUGGCUGGACAUCGCUUCAGGAAGGUCGCCAGGUUCUCCAAGGACGACGUCUGUGUCUGCUGCCACGAGAAGAUGGACGCGUUCGUCACCCAGGGGUACAAGUGCGUCGACUGCAAGCAGCUCUUCCACGUAAAGUGCAUCCAGAACGGAGGAGUGCUGAGGAUGCCCUGUCUCUCGGCGAACACGCCGAACAGGAGGAAGAACAGGAAGCCCCCCAGGACGCCCUACGACACCGCCAAGCAGACCGUCGCCUCCAAGUUCAGCCUGACCGGUACCUCCGCAUUCUCAGAUAGCACCGACAAGAUCAUCUCGGACGCCAAGGAGCUCGCCCUUAUGGAGGACUUCAUCACCAAGAAGAUCUACAUAAUGGAGGGCCAGGAAGAGGGCAAGAAACCGAGCGAGGUCGAUCGGGUCUUCAAGCAAGCUCUGAGGAAAUUCAAGGACGAUUUAGUCAUCACCUACAGCGUGGCCACCAAGCAGGGGGUGGAGGGGAACAUCAAGUACACGGAUCUGAUUGCCAACUUCCUCCAGGUCAUGGAGACCGUCUGCAAACAGGAGAACACCAGCGAGGACUUCCCCGUGACGAUGGGGGUGAACGCUUUCAGGGGGUUCAUGAACGAGUUCAUGACUUUGGUCAAGACCGAGGCCCCGGAGAAGCAGAGCAAGAGCAAACGGAAGAAGGAGAAGAAGCGCAAGCAGGAGGAGCCCAUUCGUCAUGGGAAUCAUAUGUUCCAGCUGACCAUAAUCAAUAUCCCUACCGCGUGCGAGGUCUGCUCUUCCUUCUUCAUGUGGCCCAUCGAACGUGGACUCGUCUGCCAGAAUUGCAAGAUGACCUGCCACAAGAAGUGCUACACGAGGGUGGCUGCGGAUUGCGGAAAGGAUUCCGGCUCUAUCCAGGACUCUAAUCCCAGGAAGGUCUUCGGGGUACCGCUCUUUAAGCUGGACAGUGGAGAUGGGAAGGUUCCUCUCGUCGUGGACAGACUUAUCACGACCAUUGAGAUGCAUGGUCUCUAUACGGAAGGCAUCUACAGGAAGAGUGGAGUCAGUUCGAAGGUCCGCGAGCUGAAGAUGAAGAUGGACGAAGGCGACCUGAAGAGGGUGGACUUCGAAAACUACCAGGUGCACGUCCUUGCCGCCGUGCUGAAGAGCUUCUUCAGAGACAUGCCGGAGCCCCUGCUGACGUUCGAGUACUACGACGACUUCCUCCACGCCGCGAACCUGACGGACCCCAACGACAGGAUCUGCACGCUGUUCGCGAUCCUGAAGAAGCUGCCGAAGCCGAACUUCGACCUUAUGGAGCGACUGAUCAUCCACCUGGCCAGGGUCGCCCUGCACGAGGUGGACAACAGGAUGUCGCCCUCGGCCCUGGCCAUCGUCUUCGCGCCCUGUAUCCUGAGGACGAACCGCACCUUGCCGGCCCAGGACUCCCUACAGGACGUCGGCAGGCAGACCAGAUGCGUCGAAACGAUAGUCCAGGAGAAGCUGAGGAUCCUGAGAGCCACGUUGGCGGACAUCAACACCCUGGAGUCGGCUUGCCACACCGCUACCCACAGACUGUCCAGUAUCAGAUCCUCGAAGAUAUUCAGCCCCGAAGAGCUCGGCAUCGCUGCGACCACGGUUGCGAACAGGGGGAACGGCGACAGGGACAGAGACAGGGGGGACGAAGAAGAGGCUCUCCUGGUCGACCACAUCCAGGAGAUCCAGAAGGAGAAGGCUCUCUUGACCUCGACCUUGCCCAGCCUGACCAGGGCUUCGUCCGAUGACGACCUCCUGUUAUCGGCUACCGACUUGGACGACGGGUCCCUCGAUGACCUGGUGCCUCCAUCGGCUGACGGCCUCGUCAGGAAGAAGCCGAUCCAGAGGCAGAGCUCCGCCGACAACUCCUACCCUACGAUCAUCAACGUCGACGAGGACAUGGUGAUGGUAUGACCUGCGGUUCUCAUCGAGGGGCAGCCACGUUAGCCGAGUGUCUCCGAAAGUGGAAGACACUGACUCUACACCUUGAAGAGGCACCGACUGAAGGCAAGCGUCGCUACAACGUCCGACUUCGCCCUGGAGACCGGAGAUACGUCGGAUCAGCUGGAAAACCUCGGAGCCAGGUCCAAGGUUUUCUCGCUUCCCGAGUUGCGGUCUCUCGAGCGGAGGUCUCGAGGUUGGCCAGGGCGGCGUUUCGUGUCCUUUGAACGGCUCCAGGACCUCCAGGGGGGUCCUGGGGAACGCGGUCUCGACUUGGGUCGGGAACGCGCUGGCGUGCGGAUGAACCGACUUUACGCGAAAAGAUAAAUCGAACUUCCAGUUAAUUAUUUAAUGUUAGUUGACAAUGCAUUUCUCGUCGAAGACUGUCUUGCACUUUUGCAUCCCCGCGAGCGGUAACCCCUCUAGCUACCGCGAACUUUCUCGGCGUGUUUAUAAUACUGUAAUUAUUUAUAUCAUUAUGGUAUCACGGAUUACCCUUACGCGAGAGCCGUCGUUUUUUUAAAUAUCCUCUUUAAAGUAUUCUCCCCUCUCCCCCCUUUAAAAUAUUUUCUUAAACCCAUUUACGCGUCUGACUCUUUCGAGAAUCGUGUUUUUUCUUUUUUUUUCUUUUUUUUUCGUGCAUCGCGACGUUCCAUUGGCGACGACGAAUUCUGUUAGAAGAAUCUUUUAAGUCAUUGUGAUAAGUUUCUAAAAAGAGACGCCGGGAGAUGCUCCUCGACUUCCGGCGACUCGUCGAGUCUCUCGUCGAUAUUCUAUUUUUCUUUUAAUCUCUUUUUUUUCUAGUUCUCUUGAUCCAAGGAUCCUCGAGUGAAAUCGAGCUGGCACAAAAGUUUUCUGCGCGAUUCCUUGAUCGACUGCUUAAUCAUGAUUCCGUUUAUGAUUUAGCGACCGAUAGAAUGUCUGAUAAGAGUCUCCUUUUUCUGGUUCCUCGAUUCCCCUUUUCUUUUCUUUUUUUUUUUUUAUUUUACGCGUUUAAGCUGGUUCAGAAAUAUCGCUUUUUCUUUUCUAUUUCUCUCUCUGUCUCCCUCUCUCUCUCCCUCCUUGUUUUUUUUUCUCCCUUCUCGCGCGCGAUGAAUCUUAGUUCUUCCUCCGUUUUAGAAAUCUAUUCGUGUAAGUUUUAUGGCACCAGAGACGAGGGACGAAAGCACGGGCGACUCAGGGAGGGAAAAAGCGAAUUUAAACGGGAUAAAAUGGUCCAACGCAAUCGAACGACGAGAUUCUCCCGAGUCGGUAGCUCCUAAGCGGUUAAUUAACGCGAGAAACCAAAAUAUAUACACCGUGUAAAUAUUUUAAUAGAUACCCCGUAAUGUUCUGUUAUUAUUGUUACAUUUAUGAGAGAGGGAGUCGGAGGACGGAUAGGACGAGGGAGGAGCGCGACUUAAGUGGUUACCAAGAUUAUUAAUUACUAUCAUUUGCGCGUACGUCGUAAAUCGCUAAUCAUUACUCUCUGGGAAGUCUCUCCGCGUAUACGUGCGCCUUAUCACCGUUAAUCGGCGUUUAUCGAGUCCAUCACACGGUUCUUUCUUUUUAUAUAUAUAUAUAUUUCUAUUUUUAUUUAAGGCGUCCCUAGAGAGCCUCGGUUUUACGCUCGUCCAGGACCGACAUCUAUGUUUCAUUUUUUUUUUUCCUCUUUUUUUACCAGGGAAACCGAUUCUACUUUUUUAAUUUAGUUUCUAUCCCCUCGCUCGCCUUUUAUAUCUAUUUUAAGUUCCCAUCCCAGUUCUUCGCGUAAUCACGUCAGAGACGAACCGCAUCGACUUGUGUGCACUUUUUAGCCGAUAAUCUUAUCUCCUCAGUGGUUGAAAUUAUUCCGGAUCGAAGCUCGGAAUUACUCCGAUAUUUCUAGGUGGGGACGAUCGGUUGGCAAUUCUUUUUCACGGGGAAGUUCAACCUCGAUACCGUUCGUUUCUGCGCAACUAAGGCCCGGAUACUUCUGUAGAGCGAUUCCGGAGAAUCGCAUCCGAGAGGCUGCGAGCGUUGUCUCCCUCUGCUAUCACGGCGACGGCGCUGAUAAGCUCGACGAUGAACCCUCGAGAUAUGGCGGUCGGAGGGGGACCGACUCGAUCUACGGCGAGCGUUACACCCUGUAUUAAUUAUCGACCCGCGGUAAUUGAUUAUCUCGCGGUAUGUUAACCCGGUGCAAAUCGACGAGCUGGCAAAGAAUCGUCUUCCGUUUACCGCCGAGUCGACUUCCUCUUUGUUCCCGACGCGAUUCGACUGAUUGUUCUGUCUGCUUUUUAAUGCCGCCGCUUGGACCGGCCCUCCUAUUUUUAUCCUCGGCGAUUUGCAGGCCUACUCGAAGACGGGACGACCAUUGAUAAGGUUCGGUUAGAGCGAUAACCAGGGGAAGCGACGUCUCGCCUCGUCCUUCCCGAAAAUACGGGGGAGGAAGAGGGGACGAGCGAAAUCGGCUUUGAUCUUCGUCUUGUGAAACCGCGAAAAGAUCGCGAACAAUGCGCGAAUACGUGUAAAAAAUAUAGAACGGGGGAAAAGUGUGAGAUAAGAGAUACGCAAGACCGAGACACCGGUAUCGCUCGUCGCCCUGAAGAAGGCACCGGUUAGACCCACUGGAAGGUCUACCGGUGCCUUCGGGCUUUCCCUCGUUAUUCUCGCAGUUUCUUCUCUUUCUUCUUUAUUUUUUUACACACGACGGAGUCAAGAAACUCUCUUUUUUAGUCCAACUUCCUCGUGCGUUGCGGGUUACGGCGGUCCAGGGCGCGGUCUUCUUUUAGCUCGUCUCGGACUUCGAGACGGGCGCGAUCGACAUGGCGAACAGGGAUUCUUUUAUGCUUUACAUUGUUUUAUAUAUAUAUUUUAUAUAUAUAUAUAAAAUAUUGAAGAAAGCAAAGAAUAUAUAUAUACGUGUAAAUGAGUGCGUCGGCGGUGCGUUUACCGCGUCUUUCAGUUCGGGUGAUAGAUAAGCCGAGGUCGAGGGCUUGGAUAACGCGAAUCCGGGGAGCCUCUCGAGAGGGAGGCGCGUUUUAUCGAUAACGUCAACAAAACGAGUCGGAUGAAGGAAAUGGUCCUCGAGGUCGAGUCCUUUUCUUCGCGGGACACUCCUAAGGAUGGAGCCGAAGAGGGCCGACUCUUCGGCGCCGAGGAUCUAAGGCCGAGUCGGGGCCCUGCUUAGAUUAACCAGCCAGAUAUUACUCGUUGUCGAGGUGUACUCGCGUAUCUUAAGGGCAGAAUAUUUAAGCGCUAAUGGAAAACCGCUAUUAAAACCUGUAAACCCGUCGUUACGAACGCAUACGCUUCUGUCGCGCGCGCGAGACCCGCUCGCGGUCGGUGCGGCCGGAUGUCGCGAUAAAUCGAAGAGUCUCGAUAUCGCCGAUUAAUUCGCGAGGUUUCAUGGUCUCCGAUUAAAUUCCCAAGGCGUCACGAUUUAAGGGCUAAAUUCGCAAGGUUUCACGAUCUGCGAUUAAUUCCGCGAGGUUUCACGAUUUACGGCUAAAUUCGCGAGGUUUCACGGUUUGCGGAUAAAUUCCCGAGGUUUCACAGUUUACGGCUAAACUCGCGAGGUUCCACGAUCCACGACCAAAUCCGCGAGUCUUGAUUUCCACGAUGAAUCCGCGAGUUGCGCCAUCCGCGAUAAAUCCGGGAGUUUCAACAUCCGCGAUAAAUAAGCGGGUUUCAACAUCCGCUUUAAAUUUCCGUGACUCGGUACCCACGAUAAAUCCGCGAUAAAUUUUCGGGGCUCGAUAUCCGCGAUAAAUCCACGAGAAUUGUUCGUGGCUCGAUAUCCGCGUCAAAUCCGCUCGUAUCGGACGAGUCGCGGAUUUCGGGUCCGGUUCGCGCCGCACCGUUCGCGGAUCCGCGGGGAGGAGUCCCGGACGGGAAGGGUAGAGGGUUGAGAAGGGUGGAAGGGGGAGGGGGAGGGUCCGGGCACUCGAUUCCCGGGGGAAUCGCGAAUCGAAUCUACCCGAGGGAGAGACCGCGGCGGAUCCCGCGGGACGUCGCGACGCUCGCGCUCUUCCCGUUCGCGUCUCUUGGCGUGGGCCCGAAAAGCGCGACUAUAUAUGUAUAUCUUAUAUAUAGUGUACACUUAAGGAAAAGCAGACCUCUAUAUAUAUACGUACACAUAUAUACAUAUACCUGCAUAUACGUGUACGCAUAUACGCAGAUCUAUAUACAACCGUUAUUUUUCUUCGACGCGAAGGAGAGCGUGAACGAGAGUGAGAGAGAGAGAAAGAGGAAGGGGGUGCGAGACGAGUGCGUGUGCGUGUUACCGAACUGUAUACAUACAUGAAUACAUAUAUACAUACAUUAUACAUAUAUUGAUGUGAGUAUGCAUGUAUACAGGCCAGAGCGUUACGUGGGUGUAGCAUACGUAGGUGUUGAACUUUUCGGCCGGUUUUAAAGGGAAGCGAGAGGGAAAGCUCGGGAGCGAGACGGGGUCCGAGGCUUUUUACGCCGGUUUUUACGGCGGCUUUUUACGACGCUCCUCGAGGAGCCGAGAGGAGAGGGGCCUUCCCUCUUCUUCGUCUUCCGAUCGCGACUUCUCUCGCUUUCCUUCGACCCCCCGCGGACCCUGGCCGGGGGAGGGAGAGAGACAGCCUAGGAGCCGAGCUUGGUUCCGUUUCCUUUUUACCCCUCUAUUUUAUUCUUCUUUUUUUCUCUCCUCCCUUUUAUCCUCCUUUUUUUACGUCAUCCUGAACGGCGUUUACCGUUUACCGCGCCGCCGUCGUUAUCGCCACGGCACGGCGUUGCGGUUCUUCGCUGCGUCGACGUCGCCCCUCUUGAGGCAUCGCCGAGAUAUCGUCUCGAGUCCCGGUGGGGCAUCCCGGGGGUCGCUGACGACCGCCCUCUCCUGGCGAUGGUUCUUUCUUGACUCUUCUUCCGCUUCUCUUGGAGAUCUAGAAAGAAAAGGGUUCGAAUAGUGACGGGAAAAGGGCGAUCAGGGUCGGACGGGGGAAAUUCAAAAUGGCGGCUGCCCGGGGAGCGAUAUGUCCUGGCGAUUUUUCAUUAGUUGUUCAUAUCUACGGAUUGGGUCGAGUCGUGCUGAUUUAUCGCGAGGAUCUGUCAUUAUAUCUCCAGAGUUGUUCCGGAGGAGAGAAUUAUCGAGAAUACUCGAAAUGUCGAUAUAUCGGGGGAAGUGGUCGACGGAGGAGGGACGACCGUCGACGGACGCCGUGGCUCUAGUUGCGCUUUCUCCCGUCGUUGCGUUCACCAAUUGCUACGUUCCCGCAGCGAGUGCGUCGCCGUAUGCGCAGAAUGUGGCCGAGCGAGCGAGAGGACUCUCCGUGAUCGACUGUAAUUUUAUAUAAUAUUUGUAAGGCAAAAUGAAAUAUUAUGUACAGCACUGUGGACGUUGACGACGAGGCCACCCGUCUUGCACCCCUUGACCCUGCCGAGCCAUUUUGUCACCCUUCGUAAGGUCGCA